CAAACAUUCUACAGACAUCGCUGUAAUAAUCAUGAAUCAAUACUAUCUUCCACUGAUGUACUGUAUAAUAACUAUUUUUGGACUGUUUGGGAAUAUCACUGCCAUUUCUGUGUAUGUCCUGAAGAUGCAACCAUGGAAAAGCAGCACAAUUAUAUUGUUAAAUCUGGCAGUUACAGAUAUUCUGUAUCUCUUAACCCUUCCUUUCCUGGUUGGUUACUACAUCAGUCAGAAAUGGCUUAUAGGAGAUUUUAUGUGCAGAUUUGUUCGGUUUGGGUUCCACUUUAACCUAUAUGGGAGUAUCCUCUUCCUGACAUUCUUCAGUAUAUUCCGAUAUGUUGUUGUUGUCCAUCCACUGAAAGCUCAUGUAAUUCAGAAAAGACAGUGGGUCAUCACUGCCUGCUUUGUUGUGUGGAUAAUUACAUUUGCAGAAAUCUUGCCCAUUGUAACUAUACUUUCAGUAACAGAUACUAAUAAUGGCACGAUUCUCUGCCUUGACUUUGCCAGUUCUGUAGACAUAUGUACACUACGAGCAUAUAGCUGGAGCCUAAGCAUUCUGGGAUUUUUCAUACCAUCAGUGAUUGUGUGCUUCUGCUACACAAGAAUCAUUUUUACCUUAAGGAAAGGCUUUCAUGCACAGUCUUCGCAGAAGAAAAAAGCACGCCGUCUUGCUACUGUUAUUUUAAUAGUUUUCCUUUUGUGCUUUCUUCCAUUUCACAUUCUAAGAGCACUUCGUAUUGAAAGCCGCCUGCAGCCACCUGAUUGGCCAUAUUCAUCCCCGAUUAAUAUUGCCUACAUUGCUUCAAGACCCAUUGCUGGUCUGAAUACAUUUUUCAACUUAAUCCUGUAUGUUUUAAGCGGUGACAAUUUUCAGCAAGCGCUUAUUUCUCUUUUGAAGCGUAACAUCCAGGAAAGUUGAAGGCUACAUUGUAAUUUUAAUAUAAGACUAAUCAGUCAUUUGUAAGAAAAGACUUUAGUGAAAAGUGUAUCAUUUCCAACUGAAUUUUGUAAAUAGUAUCUGUGGACAUUGCUGCUAAUGGGACAUAUCCAAAUACUUGUGCUAUGAACUACUUCUGUAUUUUGCAAAUGACAUAGACUAACACUAGUAAUAAUUCUUAUGCAAUCUGUAAGGUAAAAGGUUUCUGUACUGUAUUUAAUUUAAAAUCAAUAUUUACUGCAUCUCACCUAAGUAUAGUAAUGUUUGUUAUGGAAUAGUCUACAAACUACUGGA